GGGGCAGAAGCCAUGGUUCUGGAAAGUGUUAUGUUUGCCAUUCUUGCAGAGAGAGCUCUUGGCCCAAAGCUGUAUGGAAUCUUUCCACAAGGACGACUGGAGGAAUUCAUUCCCAGCAGGAAACUAAGUACUGAAGAACUAAGCUUGCCUGACAUAUCCGCUGAAAUAGCUGAGAAGAUGGCUAGGUUUCAUGGCAUGAAAAUGCCAUUUAAUAAAGAACCUAAGUGGCUUUUUGGAACAAUGGAAAAAUAUCUAAAUCAAGUGUUGAGGAUUAGGUUUACCAGAGAAUCCAAAACUAGAAAACUGAACAAACUCCUCAGUUACAAUCUCCCCCAGGAAAUGAAAAAUCUAAGAGCUAUGCUUGAAGCUACUUCAUCACCAGUUGUAUUUUGCCACAAUGACUGUCAAGAAGGCAAUGUCUUGCUUCUGGAAGGCAGAGAGAAUUCAGAAAACCAAAAGCUGAUGCUCAUUGACUUUGAAUACAGCAGCUAUAAUUACCGAGGAUUUGACAUUGGAAAUCACUUCUGUGAAUGGAUGUAUGAUUACACAUAUGAGAAGUACCCAUUCUUCAAAGCUAGUGUUCUUAAAUAUCCUUCAAAGAAGCAACAGCUUCAUUUUAUCUCCAGUUACCUGUCUGCAUUCCAUGAUGGCUUUGAAAAUCUGAGCAAUGAGGAGAAGUCCAAACUAGAAGAGGAAGUGUUGAUAGAAGUUAACAGGUUUGCCCUUGCAUCACACUUCUUCUGGGGUCUGUGGUCUAUUAUACAAGCAAAGAUCUCAUCCAUUGAGUUUGGUUACCUGGAAUAUGCGUUGUCCAGAUUUGAUGCGUACUUUGAUCAGAAGAGGAAGCUGAAGGUGUGAAUGUGGGAGGAGUGGCCUGUUGGUUACUGUACGAAGAGGGCAGCUGGACAGAAUUUACACUGUGCUUAGGCUACUGUAUCUCUAACAAAGGUGUCACUGAAUUCCGGUUCCUUGGAACGCAGGUGUACAGGACUGAAGACUGUAUAAAAAUGACUUGUUUACAGUUUCGUAAAUACUUGGGAUGAGGUUGGGAGGCAAAAGUAAAAUACAACAGUGCAAUAUCUUUAAAUCUUUUUGAUCUAGAAGAUAUUUUAUAUUAUGGGAGAAGCUUACAAUUAAGUGUCAAUACCACAUGCAUCAGAGUGAACAGUGUUACUGUGAGUACAUUUUCUAGAGGGGUGUUGGCAUUAUGGUUUAUGUUGUAAGUGGAACAGUUGUAAAAGAUGAUUCAUUGUAGAUGCUGCCUCUUAAUGAGAAGGAAAAGCAAAGGAGACAACUGUUAAAUUGUGAAGUAGGCUUAAAAUCUUACUGUGAGAUCAGGCUCAACAUGCCCCAUGAACACUAUCUUCAAAGCUGCUGACAUGUUACACCACUUAACCAUAAAGCAACUACACACGUUGAAGCGGUGUGCUUUAACGUGUUAUCUGCGUACACAUGAAUGUUUCUCCAACUGGUGUGCCUGUGAAGUAUGACUGAACUUUGAACUGGACAUUCUGCAGGAAUUUAUCUUGAACUGUUCAUUCCAUGUCCUUCAAGAACAUGCUUUAGCCUAGCCUGGUUGUCUCUUAAAAUGCUGUGUCCUGCACAAGGGGGUUCUGCGGGCUGCAGCACUGGGAAGAGUGCCUUGAAUUGCUCUUGCAGCUCCCCAGAUAACUGGAUUGUCAUUGACCAUACCUGGAAUUGGAGCCCAGCUCUCUUCUUGUGUUGCCACAGUAUAUGGCUGUAAGAAAUAGCAGAGCCAAAGACUGUGGAGAGCACUUCAGGAAAUGGCUGUUGUGCCCAUGCAAUGCUUAUGUGGCUUGGGAGGUGCUUUUCUUAAACCUUCCAUUUUCAUCAGCAAUCCAGUAGAGAGCAUCUUGUAGGGAACAAUAACUUGUAUAUUGAAACUUGAGUAUAAUCUGUGUACAUGUCAUCUAAAGAUUUCUUUAGAUUUUUUGGGAGCUUGUUUAUUUUUGAAUGUUACUUGUUUGUGCUUUCUAACACACUGUAUUGUAAAUAAUAAACUUCUAAGUCUACCCCUUUUCACUUGUAUAGCAAAUACUGUUUCAAGCAGCUGAAAAAAUGUGCAGCGUUUCCUGUACUGUAUGGCAUAACUUUUAAAAGCUGUCAUUUUAUUCUCUAGUAUAGAGAAUCAUUUUCCAUACACUCAAUUAUUAAUACUUUAUAAUAAAUAUAAAGCACUUAAAAACA